CCCAAGCAGAUCUCGGCAGUAACCGGAUUGACGGAAGUUGAGGUUGAGAAGUGGCGUCUCUAUCAAAGUUUGCUCGUUCGCGUACCGGUUGAUCCCAGGAACUUUCAGCCUGGGGUUCCCAAUCACAUCCCCAUCCCGGGUCACGUUUUCUCCGCUUCUUCUCUUACUUUAUCCAACUAUUUCUGCUUCUCAUCCCCCUCUGAUCGAGGUUUCACCACCAUCUCUUCGUAUUCUCUCCCUCAAAAAGAUCUGAAAAGGUCAUCCGUUCUCUAUCAAUCGUUUUAACAACUACACUCUUUUUGUUACUCUUCACUACAAACCGUCCCAUCGUUUACCCUAUUUGUGUUCCGUUGGUCCCUCCUUUUCUCUUCUCUAUAUCGGCGGUCUCCCGUUUUUUUUACUCCACUACGGCAAUAGUACUUGCACCGCGACACCCGGUUCUUUCCGCCCCAUCCAACUCGUGCAAGAUAUACAGCCUCGGGGAUUGUCGCCGAAGCAUCGAUUGUCAUAGGCUUGUUGGAAAUGAGGCUGCGAUUGGUCGCUCUCGUCGCUGAGAACCAUCGAAUCCCACCCCUAUAACAAACAGAAUAUCACCGACUAGUGUUCGACUCGGGAGUGAUGGUCGUGUUUGCGCACGUCAUAGAUAUCGCUUUUGGGAUGUGAUAAGAUUCGCAAACCUUUUAUACCGAUUUAAAAGUCAUUUGGAGAAAUCUCUUUUUCAAUGCAUAGUUCGCUCUCCGAACCCCCCGAGGGCCUCAUCGGGGGGUACAAGGGUGCUACCGAAGCCGUCGAAAUCCUCGUGGUUUGCUUCAGUGCGAUUGCGCUCUACAAUGCCAUCGAGCUGGUUGCUGUCAUCCUUCUGACUUUCAAUCGCUACUCCGGUUUGUACUUUUGGACCAUGUUGCUCUCCGACGUGUUCGGAGUCAUUCCCCAUGCCGUCGGCUACGUCUUGGAAUUCUUCGGCAAAGGUCCCAUCUGGGUGGGAGUGACCCUGUCCACCCUCGGGUUUUAUCUAAUGGUGCCCGGUCAGUCCUUCGUCUUGUAUUCUCGGCUCCAUCUCCUGGUCCAGAAUCGAACGCUCCUGCGCGGCAUCCUCUACCUCAUCAUCUUCGACAGCAUCGUGCUCCUCGUCCCCACCACCGUGCUCACCUACUCCACUAUCUACCUCCGCACCGAACCCGUCGUCCGAGGAUAUAACGUGAUGGAACGGUUGCAAGUGGCCUGCUUCUGUGCGCAGGAAAUGUUCAUUUCCGCCUUGUACAUCAUCGAAACCGCCAAGUUGCUGCGGCUGCGGCCGGCAAGGGACCCCUAUCGCUACCGCAUCAUGUACGAGCUGAUCACGAUCAACGUGGUGAUCAUCCUCAUGGAUGUCGCCCUCCUCGUCAUGCAAUACGUCGGCUUGUACAUCUUACAAACUACCCUCAAGGCCGCCGUAUACAGCGUUAAACUCAAGCUCGAAUGUGCGGUUCUUCGGAAGCUAGUGCUCCUGGUGAACCAGCGGCCAUCCGAAUCCAGCUCGAGUGAUAGGGAAAAUUACCCCAACUUUGUGAAUCCGCUCCGGAUCACGGGCGACGUCACCCGAGCCCCCAAGACCUCGAAACAUCGCUCCCAAUCGCCGUGGGGGGCCAUGUCCGAGGUGAACCUGAACUAAAAUCAACUGAAGUCGGUUACCACCGCAGACCUUGUGACACUUCCCUGGUCUUCGUGGUAUCCGACAGUGUAUACCAAAUCACGCAUUCGCGAAAAGAAAGAAACAAAAAAGAAACACGAAUGCUCAUCAAUUGGAGUGAUGUGAUCGAACAGAUUAGUUUAUGCUGACUAGCUCUGUGUCUGAUGGACAACAUCUCCUCGGAACUGGACCUCCACCAGGACGUCCGACUUCCCCCCGACAAAGGUCACCGGGCGCAUCCAACAUGCCCGCGGGUGACUAGAUCAGGCGUUUUCGGCCAUUGGCGGUCGGGCCCCGGUGUCUCCAUACAAUCUUGUAUCGCCCGAGAUUUGCCUCUGGUUACACGCACCGGCCGUGCGCGGUCCAUGCCACGCCAACACGACUGAUAUUUGGCUGUGAGACAUUGACCGUUCGAGACUUGGAUGUCUACAUAUCUACACGGCAUAGUACACCACUGACAGGCAUGUCGGUAGCUGACCAUCCUCUUCUUGUAUAUUGUUGUGUCCAAUUGCCAUUGUAUAUACCAUUUGAACUUGCAAUGAUCUUGCGGGAUAAGACUUCACUUUGCAUCUUGUAUCAUUGAGAAUUAUACCCGAUGGUGAAAUGGCUUCGCUGCGCUCUCGU